CUCUCUCCCCCCCACAUGGUCUUCCCCACCCUCUCUCUCUCUUUCAUUAUUUCUUUUUUUCAUUUUUUGGAUUUUAUUUGUAACAAGGAAACGUGUUGGAUAAUAUUUCUGAAUCUUCGCAUGAUGUUCCUUGAAUUCUGAAAAAUUCCUCUGACAUUCCUCUCCGAUCUCCAUAGGUUGUCUUUCCACACACUGGAAGAUAUUUUUUUUCUCUCAAUGUUGGAUUCAAUCGCGUCAAUUUGAGAAGUCCUUGGUUGGUGACUGUCAGAGAAGUUGUUACAAUUUCCAGUGUAGAGUAAUGGCCAUGAAAUAUUAAUUGAAAUCUUCAAUUUUUUUUAAAAUAUAAUUUUGACGUUUGGGAUUUGAGUGAUCCCUUUCAAGCUUCCAUUCAAAGGCACUACCCUUUUAUGGGAAGCUUUUCAAUAAAAGUUGAGAAUGGAGGUAGAUGCGUUUGGGUGAGAAUUGAAUUCUAAGCAAAGCUCAUAACUAACCACUUGCUUCUGCUCUCUUUGAAGCUUGAUUCUGGCUUCACUCUCAUAUCUGCUUCCCUUGUGGUGGGGGGUUUUACUUGCAGAAUGCAGAUUUUGAUAGCUAUCUGACUGUUCUCAUUGUCUAUACCAAUUGACACUUGUUUUCCUGAUCAAGUUUUGAGUUUUUUUUGUGUUGUGUAAGGUGUUGUAGGUGAGGUCAUUGUGUGGGAAUAAGGGAGGUGGAGCUAGUUGCUUUUGCUUAUAAUAUUAUAGAUGGACAGGAGGAGUUGGCUUUGGCGCAGGAAGUCAUCUGAGAAAAGUCCAGGUGAAACAGAGAGUUCUGGUUCAAUUUCAUCUCUUUCAGAAAGAUUCUCUGAUGAACAGGUAUAUCCAACCCAAGCUGGUUUUUCUCCUGAAGUCACGUCUAAGGCUGCACCGAAUGAAGAAGUUAGUACCCCCAAAAAAAGUAAAGAAGAAGAUACAGAUGUGAAAAUUAUUACAGACAAAUUAGCUACUGCUCUGCUGACAAUUAGUGCAAAAGAAGACUUAGUAAAGCAGCAUUCUAAAGUUGCAGAAGAAGCUGUCUCAGGCUGGGAGAAGGCUGAAAAUGAAGUGUCAUCUUUAAAACAAAAGCUUGAUGCUGAAAGGAAGAAGAACUCAAUUCUCGAAGACCGAGUUGGUCAUCUUGAUGGGGCACUCAAAGAGUGUAUGAGGCAGCUUCGACAAGCUAGAGAAGUGCAAGAGCAAAAGAUUGUUGAGGCUGUUGUGAAUAGUUCUCGUGACUGGGAAUCCAAAAAAUCUGAACUUGAGAGGAAAGUUGCUGAACUUGAGGCUCAACUUCAAACAGUUAAAGCAGAUGCUGCUGCAUCAAUUCGUUUUGAUCUUCACCAGAGACUAGAGGCUGUGCAGAAAGAGAAUUCAAGUCUUAAACAUGAGCUGCAAUCUCGACUAGAGGAACUAGAAUUUAGGAUAGUCGAGAGGGAUUUGAGAUCUCAAGCAGCUGAGACAGCUAGCAAGCAACAUUUGGAGAGUGUCAAGAAGGUUGCUAAGCUUGAAGCUGAGUGCCGUAGACUGAAAGCCAUGACUCGCAAAACAUUUUCUGUCAAUGAUCACAGGUCUGUGACUGCAUCUUCAGUUUAUGCUGAGUCCUUCACAGAUAGCAUGUCAGAUAGUGGAGAUAGGUUACUUGCAGUUGAAAGUGAUAUGCGUAAAUUAGGUGGCUGGGAGAUGAAUGAAUGUGAGCUAAGCCGUUUCGAUUCAUGUUCAUCUUCUUUAGUUAUGGAACUUGAUCAAUUCAAGAAUGAAAAGGGUAACGGAAAAAAUCAUGCGGUCCCUUCAACUGAGAUCAAUCUCAUGGAUGAUUUCCUUGAGAUGGAAAGGCUUGCUGCAUUGCCAGAUGGUGAAAGUGGAAGCAGUUUUGUUAGGGAAGGAGUGGCAUCAGAUCAAUCUAAUGUUGGUCAGGCUACAAUGAAAGCUGAAAUAGAAGCUAUGAUUCAAAAGGAUGAUGAAUUGGAGAAGAAGCUGGGGAAAAUGGAAGCUGAAAUGGAAGCUAUGAUUCAAAAGAAUGUUGAAUUGGAGAAGAAGCUGAAGAAAAUGGAAGCAGGUAAAGUUGAGGUAGACAUGGUUUUAACCAAGUACCAAAUGCAGCUUGAGACAUCAGAGAGUCAGACAAGGGAAGCAGAGUUGAAGGUUGCAGAGUUUCAAACCCAGUUAGCUCUUGCAAAAAAAUCAAAUCAAGAAGCAUGUGAAGAACUAAAAGCAACAAAAGCAAAGAAGGCGAUAGUUGAGUCUACACUCAAACUUACUCAAACUGAGGUUGAAGAACUGAUUUCACAAAUCCGUUCUUUGGAGGAAAAGAUUCAGAAGGAGCGAGCUUUGUCUGCUAAGAAUUCAAUCAAAUGGGGAAAAUUGGAGGAUGAACUUUCAAAAAUGAAGCACAAAGUUCUAGUUCAGCAAGAUACCGAGAUAAAGCAUAGGGAAUGUGUUAAUCUCGAUUUGAAGUUAAAACAGGAAAAGGAACUAGCACGGGCUGCUAGUAGAUUUGCUGAGUGCCAGAAGACCAUUGCAUCUCUUGGACAGCAGUUAAAAUCCCUUGCAACUUUGGAAGACUUUCUACUUGAUUCAGACAACCCUAUGGAGUCAACUUGUCAAGUCACUAAAGGUCACCAAAAUGGUGGUGAACAUUUGAAACUACAUCAUAGUGAUUUGAGCUUGCCCAAAAAAGAUUCUGAGUCACCCAUUUCGUUUAACUCACCAAUUACCAAUGAGAAAAGCAGUAAUGGCUUUGGUAAGUUCAUCCCCAGAAGCAAGAGUGUAAGCAAAAGAGGAGGAACUCGCUGAAGGGAAUUGUGGAGAAGCUAGAAAGGAUAAGGUUGAGGUUGAGUUGUAAAUUUGGGCUGUUCAUUUUUUAUCGCUUGGAUUCAACGUGUAUGAAUCCAAGUUUACGUAUUUACAUAAAUAGUAAUGCUUGAAGUAAAAAUGUUCAAAGCCAAAAAUAGCCAUACAUAAAAGUCCAAAUUUUAAAAUGUUAUUUUCUAGCCA